CUGCUUUCUUUAUCAUCCCCCACAUUUGCUGACUCCACUCAUCAAUGGCCGCCGCCACAUAUUUCUCUCCCUCUAUCUCAGCCUCAUUAUCAAAAACCCUAAAACAAGCUGCUUCUCUACAUCCUCUCACUCCAUCCAGCUUAGGAUUCUUGUCUUCCUCCUCCGCUUCCUCGGGAUCCUUCGCUCUUAAGGCUGUUGGUAUGGGUGGUGGUAAUGCUGUUGGCUCAGCUCUUGGUGCUCGCAUGGUGUCCGCUCCUGCGAUCAAGCCCUUAAUCUCGCUUGAUUUUGACACAUCUGUGUUCAAGAAGGAGAAAGUUAAUCUCGCUGGCCAUGAUGAGUAUAUUGUCAGAGGAGGUAGGGACCUUUUUCCCCUGCUGCCGGAAGCGUUCAAGGGGAUCAAGCAAAUUGGUGUCAUUGGUUGGGGUUCCCAGGCACCUGCACAAGCUCAGAAUUUAAGGGACUCGCUUGCUGAAGCCAAGUCUGAUAUUGUGGUUAAGAUUGGCCUGAGGAAGGGUUCCCGCUCUUUUGCGGAAGCUCGCGCAGUUGGUUUUUCUGAAGAGAAUGGAACUUUGGGAGAUAUAUAUGAAACCAUUUCCGAAAGUGAUCUUGUCAUGCUUCUGAUUUCUGAUUCUGCGCAGGCUGAUAACUAUGAAAAAAUAUUUUCUCACAUGAAACCAAACAGCAUUCUUGGGCUUUCCCAUGGGUUUCUUCUUGGCCAUUUGCAGUCAUUGGGACUUGAUUUCCCUAAGAAUUUUAGCGUGAUUGCUGUUUGUCCAAAGGGGAUGGGUCCAUCUGUGAGGAGACUGUAUGUUCAAGGAAAAGAGAUAAAUGGUGCAGGAAUUAAUUCUAGUUUUGCAGUUCACCAGGAUGUCGAUGGUAGAGCCACCGAUGUUGCAUUGGGAUGGUCUGUUGCCCUUGGCUCUCCAUUCACAUUCGCUACAACUCUUGAGCAAGAAUACAGGAGUGACAUCUUCGGCGAGCGAGGUAUUCUACUUGGUGCUGUUCAUGGAAUUGUGGAAUCCUUGUUCAGAAGGUACACUGAAAAUGGAAUGGCUGAAGACCUGGCUUAUAAGAACACUGUUGAAAGCAUAACAGGGAUCAUAUCGAAAACCAUUUCCACUAAGGGAAUGUUGGCAGUAUACAAUUCCUUCUCUCCUGAUGAGAAAAAGGAAUUUGAGAGAGCAUAUAGUGCAUCGUUUUACCCUUGUAUGGAUAUUCUCUAUGAAUGUUAUGAAGAUGUUGCCACUGGAAGUGAGAUCCGCAGCGUUGUGCUUGCUGGCCGACGAUUUUAUGAAAAGGAGGGUCUCCCAGCUUUCCCAAUGGGGAACAUUGACCAGACCCGGAUGUGGAAAGUUGGUGAACGUGUUCGACAAUCACGUCCUGCAGGUGACCUCGGCCCGUUAUAUCCUUUCACUGCUGGUGUAUAUGUGGCGUUGAUGAUGGCACAGAUCGAGAUACUGAGGAAGAAGGGCCACUCGUACUCUGAGAUCAUCAACGAAAGUGUAAUCGAAUCAGUGGACUCUUUGAACCCGUUCAUGCAUGCUCGUGGUGUUUCAUUCAUGGUCGACAACUGUUCCACCACAGCGCGAUUGGGAUCUCGAAAGUGGGCUCCUCGCUUCGACUACAUUCUCACCCAACAAGCCCUGGUUGCCAUUGACAAUGGUUCAGCCGUCAACCAAGACCUUAUCAGCAACUUCCUGUCCGACCCAGUUCAUGGAGCAAUUGAAGUAUGCGCCCAGUUGAGACCUACUGUUGACAUUUCUGUUCCAGCUGAUGCUGAUUUCGUUCGACCAGAACUACGUCAAUCUAGCAACUAAAACGUGCCAACGAUGCCCGUGAACUAGGUUAAUCGCGCUCCAUGAAGGACUGCUGUAUGUAUCUACGAAAUAUGUACUGUUAUCCUGAUUUUCUACGAGAUCUAGUUUAAGUCUAUGAUAAGAGUUAGUUGUGCGAGUGGUAGUAAUAAGUUGAAUGUUCCAGACUUUUUCGGGUCGUUUUGUCUAUGUCGUUGUAAUGUAGACUUUCGGGAUCGUGUCGGAAUUAUGAGCUACUACUAUUAUGGUAUCUUAUAUUAGUUUCAUCCUAAAUUCCCACUCUA